AUGUUUAAGAAUCUAUUUAAAAAGAAAACAACUACCACUACUACCAACAACAACAACAACAAUAAUAAUAAUAAUAAUAAUAAUAAUAAUAAUAAUAAUAAUAAUAAUAAUAAUAAUAAUAAUAAUCAAAAAUAUGUAUUCAUAGAGGACUUUUCUAAGAAUGAGAAUAAAUAUGAAACCAAUGGAAAUUAUACAAGCAUUAUAAAUAGAAGAGUUGUAGAAUCAAUAUUUGAAGAAGGAGAGAUCAAAUUUUUAGAUUACUCUAAAGAGUUUAAUCAAAAAAAUGUUCUUAUUCAACAAUACUUUAAUCAGACACUUGGACAAGACAAUUCUUUUCUAGUUGGAUGUGGUAGUGAUAUUAAAAAAUGUUCAAAAGUUGAAAGAAUUGUGAAAUCAAUAUGGUUUAGAGAUUAUAUUCGAACUGAAACCAUCAUCAACCAAGGAUUCAAAUUUAGCUUUUCUUUGGAUUUUUCCAAAAACAAAUAUAUUACAUUCGUAAUGCAAAGUGUCAUGUCAGAGUUAACAAGCAACAAUCGAUACCAAUAUGGAUUUGUUAAUGUUGCUCAUACUCUAGCAGUAGAACUAUUAAAGGUAGAUGACAAGUCGUUUGAAGUGUUUGUCAAAGACUAUAAACUCAAAAGAAAUUUGCCUUUAGAUUUUACUCUGACCUGCGCCCAAGCAAGCCAUUUAUUUAGUUAUUUUGGUAUUGUUACCAAAUGGUCUAGCCAAUGUGGAUCCCUGGGCAAUGUUGAACUAUCUUUGUUCAAUCAAGUGGAACCGACAGAUCAAGAUUCCAAAGUACAAGAAGAGUUGACAUCCUUUGAACAGGAUCAAGACCAAUGUACACCAUCUUCACGAAACCAAUUAAUCAAGAAAUGUUUGGUUAGAAACAUGAUUCUUAGAAGGAAUAUCAAGAGUUAUCUGCCAUUGAUAUAUCUACACUCUGAUCAUAUGAUAACUCAUGGAAGUGCUCAAUUGUUGGCAGGUAUUUUGAUACUGACCGGUCCCCUACGUAACCAAGUUGGUGUUUGUUGGAGUCGAAAACCAUUGAACAUUGGAUCUGGAUUCUUUUGUAGAUUUAAAUUCAGGAUGGACAAAGGUGGUGCCGAUGGUAUGGCUUUUGUUAUCCAUGACUCUCCACUCGGUGAGAAUCACUAUGAUAAGAAAAAAACUGGUGGAAAUAUGGGUUAUGAUGGAAUUCGCAACUCUUUGGCAAUUGAAUUCGAUACCUACCGAAAUGAUGGCGAACCAUCAGGUAGUCAUGUAUCGAUUCAAUCGAUAGGUACUCGACCAAACUCAAGUUCACCUAAAUAUUCAUUAGCCUAUAUAAAUGUUGCAUCGAUGAACAAUGGUAAAACCCAUGAUGUAAUCAUCAGAUACAGCGAAUCAGCUUCACGACUUGAAGUACUUGUAGAUUCUGCAUUGGUAUCAACCAACGAUAAACUCAAUCUAUCGAAAUUCAUUGGAUUGGAAGAUAAUUUAGCACAUGUUGGAUUCACUGCUGCAACUGGUGGAUCAUCACAAUCACAUUUCGUUGAACAAUUUGAAAUCUAUAGAUUAUAA